CCAGGGAUGAGCCACCACUUAGAAACAAAACAAACAAAAAUAGCGGCGUUUGGCUCAAAAUAAACAAAACUCUUUGAUAAAUUGCUAAAUUAGCGUAGAUGAAUUAAAAAAGAAGGCGCAAGAGGAAUAUCAGUAUAAUGGCCAGCGGUUCAAGGACAACGAUAUUGCCGCAAUCGAAAGAGGCGCUCUUAAAGUCAUACAAUGCGCGGUUAAAAGACGACGUUCGCAGCAUGCUCGAGAACUUUGAGGAAAUUCUUAAGCUAGCGCGUCGUGAAAGUCACAGUCAGAUUUCCAAGACAACGCAAUGCGAACAGGAUGCCUUGGAAAUGCAGGUCCGCGCGGCCAAUAUGGUUCGCGCCGGCGAGUCCCUGAUGAAGCUAGUGGCUGACCUCAAGCAGUACCUUAUCCUCAACGAUUUCCAUUCGGUAAACGAGGCCAUCACAAACAAUUCGCAAUUGUUUAGGAACACUCAAAGCGAGUGCGACAAAAAGCUAAUGAAACUGAGGGACGAAAUGGCCAUGGAUCUGUACGAUCUGGAGGAGGAGUACUACACUAGCAUAUUCAAGUAGCCCCAAACGAAAGGUUAACAUGAUUGUAUUGAUUUUAGCCAAACUAUUCAAAUACUAAUAUUUAAACACCUUUAAAAACCACAUUAUGGGAACUAACUUGUAAUCUUUAAUUGUAAAAUAUCCCUCAUCGAGUCGCCGUUCCAGAUAGUAAUACCUGCCAAAAAUCUGGACUUGCAGAAAAGUGAACUAGUAACGGCACCCAUAAUUUAUCCCACAGAAAAGAUUUAAAAGAGGCAUACCUCUGGAAAUUUGUGGGUUGAUUCUCUAAGAAUCUGUAUUUAAAUCUUGGCUUAUAAAUUUUGGUCGACUUAUUGUUAUUUUAAUACAAAAAUUUCAAUAAAAUGGCUAUGCUUAAAAGUGCUUCCUAAAACCUGCACUUUUAAGCACAUAACUUUUCUUACAAAAA